CCGCUCCGGUUCUCGCACCGACCAGGACUCCAUGUUGUUCCGAAAGCCACGGAGCGAACAAGUGCCCUGGCCAAAAACUCUCACGUUGCAACUGUGUGUGCGAGAAGUACAGUGUGUGCGCGUGUGAGUGUGUUGACCCAUCCGAGAGAAGAUGGCAGACUACCGGGACGACACCGGGGCUCGAGCCCUUCUUGCUUUACAGUCGGCACCGUGCAGUCCCGUGCGCGUCGCUGUGACCUCGCACGGAUAUCACCAGCCUUCUUUCGCCCUCCUGGGUCCCCCGGUGAUGGAAGCCCGCACCGACGCCGGGAUCCUUCCCGUGCGCCUGGCUUCCCCUCCGCUGCAGGCCCUGGCCAGGCUCGAGGGCCGGGACUUUGAGUUUGUCAUGCGCCAGAGGUCGGUCACCAUAGGCCGGAACUCAUCUCAUGGCUCCGUGGACAUUAACAUGGGUCACUCGAGUUUCAUUUCGCGGCGGCACUUGCAAAUCACUUACGACGAUUCAACGGGCUUCUCCCUCCGGUGUUUGGGGAAAAACGGCGUGUUCGUUGACGGGGUGUUCCAGCGGAGAGGGGCUCCGCCGCUGCUGCUGCCCAGAGAGUGUGUGUUUCGUUUUCCCAGUACAGUCAUAAAGAUCCAGUUCAUGUCACUCCUGGAGGUCGAGGAGCAGCGAGAGAAGGAGCAGCCCUCUCCUCCCGCCCGGCCGCUCCUUCCUCACAUUUCCCCUCUGAAAAUCAGCAUUCCCACAAUGCAGCAGCAUGAAGAGCACAUCAGGGUGUUCGGCUCUCCACUGCCCUCACCCACAGGCACCAUCAGUGUUCCAAACUCCUGUCCGGCCAGUCCAAGAGGGGCAGGGUCAUCAGGGUACCGCUAUGGACGCAACGUGACCUCUGACCUCCAGUUAGCAGCUGAAUAUGCUGCCAAGGCUGUUUCUGAGCAGAGGAGAAGCAUUGCUGAGCAGAGAGGAGGAGGAAAUGAGCAGCGAGGGGAAUCUGCAGGUGGUGACAGCCCCAAGGAUGAGUCCAAGCCACCUUAUUCCUAUGCACAGCUGAUCGUUCAGGCCAUUUCUUCUGCGCCUGACAAACAGCUGACUCUUAGUGGCAUCUAUGCCCACAUCACCAAACACUACCCCUACUAUCGUACUGCAGACAAGGGCUGGCAGAACUCAAUCAGACACAACCUUUCUCUGAACCGCUACUUUCUGAAAGUGGCCCGAUCUCAGGACGAGCCUGGAAAAGGGAGUUUUUGGCGUGUGGAUUCUGCAUCAGAGAGCAAGCUGGUGGAGCAAGCCUUCAGGAAAAGACGGCAAAGAGGGGUGGCCUGCUUCAGGACGCCCUUCGGACCUCUGUCCUCCAGAACAAAGAGUGCUCCUGCAUCUCCGACCCAUCAGGGCCUUCUGUCUCCUCCCUCCAGUGGACUGCAGACUCCUGAGUGUCUGAGCAGGGAGGGGUCUCCAAUCCCCCACGAUCACCAUGAGCAGCUGGCCAAUAAACUGGCCUCUGUACCUGAGUACAGGUACUCCCAGAGCGCCCCAGGAUCUCCGGUCAGCGCUCAGCCCGUCAUCAUGGCGGCACCUCCUCACCUGCCCUCGGGUCCAGGGAAAGCCCUCGCCUUAGUUCCGGGUGGAGGUGGGCAGCUGCAGCCCAUCCACCUGCUCCAGAACCCGGCCCAGUCCUCAGUCACUAUGGUGCGUGUGGUUAGCAGCGCCCUUCCACCCUCCAACCCCCCCAACGGGUACAGUUCUGCUCUGCAAGCAGGGAUGGACACCAGCACUGAGCUCAGAGAAGCCCAACUGAACAGAGAGCGAGUGAUUCACACAGUGGACGGUGCAGUGCAGGGUGGAGAUAGACGCAGCCUGGCUCCAGGUUUACAUCAACUUCCUGUUCGUCCUGUUACCCAGAAUGGCAAACACACCACUGCUGUUGUUGCCACAGCAACCAGCCUUGCUAAUGCUUCUGUCCUGAGUAGUCCUCUGCAGAUCCUGGCUGCCCAGGCGUCCAGCUCUCCCCCGGUACUGGUGAACAGACAGUCCAGCGCAGAGGCCGAGCAGCCCGCUGAACCCCAGGCCAAACGGCCCAAAAUGGACGACGAGGCCGGGACCGAAUCUACUCAACACCAAGUCACGCCUGCCCAGCAACCCGUCAUUGUUGCCAUGACAUCACAAUCCCACGACCCAAGGAAAUAAAAGCCAGGGCCUCUCACCAGGUACCUAAUGGACAGCAUCAUCAUUAUUGUCCCCUCACUGCUUCUUUGUCUUUUAUACUUAUUUGAUAUGACUGCAGCCAACACGGCCAAAAAAAAAAAGUCCAAGCAGCCUGUCUCGGCAGAAGGGAAUCCAGUUUUAAGGAUCAUGUAAACUUUCAAAUGCAUUAAAUGAGUCAAUCUUUCAGGAUUUUUCAGCUUUACGGUCUUUUUAAUCAUUAUCAUUCACUUACAACACAAGGAAGGAAUGUAAAGCAAGUAUUAUACAUUUCUAUAUCAUUUCAGCGCUACCUACUCUGAUUCAAAAGGUGGACACCGUCAGCUUUUCCUCCAGUUGACGGAGCAGAUGAAUUGGUUACUAUCACUCUCAGGCCAAAGAUCUCAAUCUAUAUUUUCGAUUAGAGUCGCUGCUUGAUUUAAAAACCAAGGAAUGUGUGUUAGCCUACAUUUACAGAAUGUUUGACACAGUCAUGGACAGAGAGGAGAAGAGGAUUUAGCUGCAUUUGGCCAAGCCUGUCCUGGUAGAUGAGGCUUAGAAGAACAGACUGUUUCAGGUGUGAUGCACCUAUUAUAAGCAGCGACAGUUUUAAGGGCCUUAAACGGCGGUUGGACAAGGAUCUGUGGUUCUGCAGUAGUGGUGCAGGUCAAGAGUUUGAGCAGACUGGGACUUAUACACCAACCAGCAAAGGCUGUGUUUAAAGGGCAACAACUGUGGCUUGAAAUCUAAAGCAAAGGUGGAAGCAUCUGAAAGCAGACAUUUGAUUCUAGCUCCAAAAAAGACCAGCUACAUCCACACUUUGGCAUUUCAGAUUUCUGAAAAUUAGGAUGCAGCCAUCCCUACCUUGGUCUUACCUCUAUAUCUACAUGUACCUCCCUGGCUGGUUGAUCCCUCUAAUCUAAAUUAUUGGACAAAUUUAUCAUUUUAUCACUACUAAUGACUCCAUUUACAGCAAGAAAGCUGUUAUGCAGGUAUAUAAUAGGGUCAGGUCAAGGGAACACACACAUCUGUGAGAAAAAUCAAAGUGUCUCUUAUCCUAUUCUGCAUGCACUCAUUUGUUAGCUUAUUACUAUGAUGUAUAGUAAAUGUUUGUAUUAAAAAUAUGUGACUUGUUUUCUAGACACAUUGGUCCUUACAUCAUAAUAGGAUCUAGAAUUGAAACUGUGUUACUUUAAAUCUGUAUCAAUAAGUCCAGAAGUUUCCAAUAUAUUUUCCUAAAUUUUGACAUCUGUGUAGCUUUAUAUGUUGUUAACAUAUCAUAGGCAAAUUUAAGUGACUUUCCUGUGGGAACCACAUGUUAAGCACUUUGGCGUAAACUUUGUCAAAAUCAGUGACAUGUUGAUGAAACCGUGUUACUGAGCACAUUUAAAAACAUUUUUGGUCAAAAAUUGCAUUUUAUGCAAUUAUCAUCCUUACUAUGUUUAAGUACUUACAGAUACUUACUGAAAUAUGUAACAUACGUAGAUAUAGGUUAUACAUGUAUAAAAUUUGAGCCCAUGUCACUGCUUGACCUGACCAAAUAGGCAAAAAACUAGUGUAGACAGAGAUUGUCUUUGAAGAACUUGUGUGGAGAAUUUUCAUUUUAUAAUGAAAAUGCACUCAUUUGGAUCUAAGUCAGAUAGUUUUAGGACUUUUUCUGGUUUCAUUCUCUUUGCUCAUACACCUAUUGUUAAUACAUUUAUACUGUUAGAACGUGUAUACAUAAGGCUGUAAUGUCGGCCAUGUCAGGUCUUGAUUGAAAGGUGUGGUAUAGAGAUGCUCACCUGCUGAGUCAGACUUUCAGAGCCUCAGUUUAUUGAAUUAAACAUAUUUUUUCUUGUCGGACAGCUGUACUGUCAAGAGGUUACACUAACUAGACUGUCAAAUGAUUUAUUUAAUGAAGUGUAUCAGUUUACUGUACUGGUAAGUUAACGAUAGUAUUAACUCGCUCAUCACCACUUUCGUCCGACUGUGGGCACCUGUGGCUCCAAAACUCUAAAACUAAGGUUAGUCUGUUUGUCACAGUAGGCUGACAGUGAUGUUGGUAAUUAGUAUUGAUGUUUCAAGUAACAUAUCACACGCUAAAAGUAACUUAAUGUAAGAGUUAAUGCAAUCGUAGGUUGUGAUGAAGUACUGGCAAAUGUUAAAUAUGACAAAUGUUCGAGCUGUAGAUGAAUACAGUUAACUAUUACAAAUGUUCACUUGGGGUUCAGGUAUGUUGUUAGCUUAGCUUAGCCAUUACAAGUCAUAACCAGAAUGUACCCCCACUCUCUGACCUGUGUGCGCUAUCUGACGUACAACUAAUCAUCUGUUUCUACACCAGCCACCGUCACGGUCCUGAAAACUGCUGCUGCUGCUUUAAGUCCACAUUAUAGAAUCUAAUGAGACGCGUUAAUGCUGCAGGUUGUCUGUCUUAAACGAGUGAAUUCUAAAUGAAAGGUUAAGAGCUGAAUGUGAGGCAUCUCUUGUUCUCACUUUUUUGUGUAAAGAAUAAAAAAAAGUUGUUUUUUUUGAAGAAUUAAUAGGAGGAAUCCCAAUGUCUGCAUUCACUGGUUUAUCAGUGUGAAGCUCCUGUGCAGAGAAAUAAUGUGGACAGUAAAGAAGUGUCAGGAGCAGGAGAGGGGAAUGGUUAAAAAAAAACAAACAGGGGAAACUAGUUGAAACGACUGAAGUGGAGCUAACCUAAUGUAGACAAAGUGAUUGUUUUUUUGUUUUUUUUCAGUAGUGGUAAAAGGAGAAAUGGAACAGCCUGUGCAUACAGUUGUGUUUGUCUUAGCACAGAAGCAUUAUUGUAAUAAUCCUUAAAGCCUUAAAUAUUUCUACAUUUUGUCAUUUUAUCUUAACCUGUAGACAGCUUUACCUUUUUAGGAUGUUAACACGCCGCUUCUAACAGUUCAGCAACACUACAACGAUGACAGUUAACGUUGCAUCAAUAGACUUUCAGUUUUAUCAGGGGAAGGGCGGGACCAACACACGACCACAAUUUUUCAACUGCGCUCUUUUUUUUUUUUCUCCUUUCUUUACGGUACUUCUGAUUUCUCUAUUCAUGGCACUGUUUUCUUUCAUUUUGCAUUUUCCUGACGUGUCAUUCACCCAUCUUUUCCUUUGUCCCAGUCUACCUCUGCCCCCACCCCAAGUCUCAAACACUGCCUUAAACUAGAUGUUCUUUACCCCCCCCCCCCCCACCACCACCACCUCUGUUCUCUCAUUCUCACUCUGCCUUUAGCUUUCCUGAAUGUCCUCACACAUUUUUUUUUAGCUGGCAAUCAGGCACAAUUUGCUCAAGAUUCAGUGAUUGUUGCACAUUUAAAAAAAAAAAAAAAGCGUAAUGAUUGUAUGCUGCUCUAUCUG